GAUUCUCACAAUUGUCUUUUCGAAAUCCACACUUACCCUUGUCGGACAAAUUAGCGUCGUACCAUCCACAGAACAAAUUUAAUUUGUUCCAUUCGCUCUCGCCAUGGCGUACCAUUACAAUUGUAUAUUUCGACAUUUUUCUGUUACAAGUGUUAAUACUGCUUAAAGAAAAAGUACUAUUCGGCAACGACAAUCCGGGCUUGAUGCUUUUGCACAACUGUUUCAGCCACAGGCCCCCACCACCUGUCAUCGCGUUUGAUACCGUGAAAGCAUCAUUUAAAAUUUAGCACGUAUUACAAUGUUUCGCGCCACUGUAGCACACGGAUAGUUUUCAUUGCAUAUUUGCUUCGCUGAAAAAUAAAAUAUUUAUAAAUCAAUCGAGUAUUGUACAAAUAUUUGAUAAAUUAUAAUAUAAAUGAUUGCUAUCGGUUAUAUGCACGUAAUCCUAAAACAUUUAAUGUAAUAAGUAUUUAUAUAAUAUCUUCUUAUUUGCCUAUAGAUAUAAGCAGGAUAACCUAUGUAAGUAGAAGUAACAAGUCCAUUCAAGGAGUGUUUAUAAUUUGUUUGGAAAUAAUGUUAUGUAAAUAAAUGGCAUAAGUAAAUACUUCUAGUGUUCAUCAAUAGGUCAGACUUAUUCAAAAAAAGGUAGACUAGUAUAAUGGAAUUAUCAAACAAUGAAAAAGUUGAUAAUCCUUUAGAGUUAAACAAGGAUUUUUUGCAAGUUUCAUGUAACUGGCAAAUCAGUAAUAAUAGACAGUUCCAUGAUAUUUUCACUACGGCGCCUUCUUCUCAAGAGCAAGAAAUUGAUAAUUUUGAUACAAUGGUCAAAUUAUCAACAUGUGUAUCUUUACAACCAACUCAGUCCUCUAAUGAACCUUGUAUGUUGGAAAUAAAGUUAACAAAUCACCAAAAAAUAUCCAGUAUUGUUGUAGUUUCAGAAGCUUAUGUUUUAGAGUUUUUUAAGCAAUUUGGAGAGUAUGAGACAACAGUAUUCGCAGAACUUGUGGAUGAGUUUGAAGACAAUUCUGUUUAUUUGGCAGAAAAAAAAUUCAUUCCACCUACUUCUGAAGCUAGUAUAAAGUUUACAAAGACAAAGAGUAAAAAUUCAGUUAUGUGGAUAUAUGGUAUAAUGCUCUAUUUAACAGAACCCAUUAAUGACUCCAAAAAUGCAGAUGUUUUCAAUUUUGGAAUCAUAAAACAUUUCUUAACUAAACUUUCUUUUAAUGAUGAAGAGAACAAUGCUUCUAUUGGUGUACAGUCAUGUUACAAGAAUAUUUCGAACUCAUCAAAAAAUCUCAGUACAGAAGAAAAUCAUGAGAAUAAAGUGGAACAAUCUGACAAUGAACAUAUUGAAUCUAAUAUGGACAUUAAAGCUUAUAUUGAUAAUAAGUUACAUAAUAUGGAAACAAGAAUGAUCAAAAGGAUCAAUGAAAUGGAACAAAAAACUAACGAGAAGCUAGAUAAUAUUUUAAAACUAUUAGAAACUCAAUUUAGCACAAAGUGACACUCAUUUUGUAUAAUACAAAUGUACAAACUACUCUUGUAAACAAUCAAAACGUAUAUUUAAUGUAAUUCAAUGUCUAAAGUAAAAAAACUAAAAAAUUA